AUGGCUUCCAACGAAGACCCCAAGGGCACCAGCCCGCCGAAUGAGGCUUCAACCGAGUCCCCCGCCAAUCCAACUGUGACGGAGGCUGCUCAGGAAGAGAAGGCGGCUACUGCCACGCCUGAUGUGCCCAGCAAAGAAGCCUCCAAAGUCGCCUCCACCUCACUGCCUCCCUCCAUCUCUAGCGAGGAGGAGAAGCCGCGCCCUAGCGUGGCAACGGUCGACCUCGAUCGGAUCGGCGAGACCCAAGGCUACGUCCUCGACGAGGCCAAACUUAGGGAGCAAUAUGGCCUCGCUCCAAACGUGCCCCUGAAGAAGUCCAAGAAGGGCGUGGUCUUGAUCCCCCAGCCCACUGAUGACCCCGACGAUCCGUUGAACUGGCCGGCCUGGAAGAAGGGACUCAUCCUGGUCGUCCUGGCUGUCAACGCUUGCACCUCCGAUUACUCGGCGGCCACGGGCGCCAGUGCGCUGAUUCCCCAGGCUCAAGAAUGGCACAUCUCCCCUGACAAGGUCAAUCAUGCGACGGCCGGCAACACUUUCAUGCUGGGCAUCGGUGGUCUCGCAACCGUCUGGCUCAGUGCCUACUUUGGUCGUCUCCCCGUGCUCUUUUGGUUUGGUUGCCUCUCAGCUGGAACGGCCGCUUGGUCGGCCGCCGCCCAAAGCUUCUCAUCCUACAUGGCGUCUCGAAUCUUGAACGGCCUGUUUUGUGUCGCCGCCGCCGGUGGUGGCUUGAUGUGGAUCAAGGAUGUCUUCUUCUGGCAUGCCCACGCGCAAAAGAUCAACAUGUGGUCGACCGCCAUCAUCCUGUCACCUUUCCUGGGCCCACAGUUCAUGGCAGCCAUUAUUAGCGUCGACUCCUGGAGGACCGGAAUGUGGCUCAAUUUCGGUAUCAUCGCCCUCGGCCUCUUCCUCACCGCAACACUGGGUGACGAGCCUUUCUAUCCUCGUCAUCUCAUGCCCGACCGGAGACCCAAGCGGAAAUCGCGGAUUCUUCGACUCGUCGGCGUGGAGCAGUACAAGACCAAGUACACCACCAACUCGUUUAUGGAGGCAGGUAGCCGCUUGGGGUUUACUGUCGCCAAAUUGCCGGUUUUCUUGAUCUGUCUCUUCUACUUCUUUGACUUCCCCUGGACCAUUGGAAACAAUACCACCAUUUCCGUCUUCAUCAUCCCGGCCUACAACUUCAGCUACCGCAACCUGGCAGCCAUUUAUACCGCACCCGUCGUCGGAGCCGUCCUCGGGUUGAUCAUUGGCCACUUCAUGUUCGAUUUCAUCGGCAAGCUCUGGGCAAGGAGCCAUAACGGACGCAUUGAUCCCGAGAACAGGUUGAUCCUCGUCUGGCUGGUGCUACCGCUUAAACUGGUCGGUUACAACCUCAUCGGUGCGACACUGCAUCAUGCUCCGGCAUGGUCGUGGUGGGUGCUGGCGAUCGGCUGGUGCAUGCACAACUUUGCCACCAUCGUGACCACUACAGCUGUCAGCGCAUACCUGCUUGAUUCAUACCCGGAAGCCAGUGGUGAAUGUGCGGCAUGGCUCAACUUCUCCCGAACUCUUGGAGGCUUUAUCGUGGGAUACAUCCAGAUCAAUUGGGCCACCAAAGCUGGGACUCAGACCGAAUAUGGGAUUCAGAGCGGCAUCAUGGCGGCAGCUUUUUUGGUGAUCGUGUUCUUACAGUUCUUUGGCGCCAAAUUGAGACAUGCACAAGGCCCACUGAAGUUCAGGACGUACUAG